GACUCAUUAACAAUAAAUAAAGAGGAGAGAAAUUUCAGCAAAAUAAAAAAGGAAUUGAAAUGGAGGAUGCUCCGGUGGGUUGGGUCAUUAACAAGUUGGACUCCCUGCUAACAGGAGAGGUGAGACUGCUGAGAGACGUCCAUAAAGAAUUUGAAAACGUCAAAUAUGAACUUGAAACCAUUAAACCAUUCCUGAAAGAUGCAGACGCAAGGUUGGAUCAAGAAAAUGUGGACAGCCGCAUCAGAACUUGGGUGAAGCAAAUGAGAGAAGUCGCUUUCCGCAUAGAAGAUGUCAUCGAUGAAUACAUGUUUCAUGUGGCAAGGUAUCAAAAUCAGCAUGACUACUUGCAUAAAAUGGCUUGCUGUGUUAAGAAUUUGAUGUCGCGCCAUAAGAUAGCCUCAAAGAUUCAAGCUAUCAAGAAAUCAGUGGGCGAAAUAAGGGAAAGAAUGGAAAAGUAUGGCGUCAAUUUUUUAUCAGAGCAUGGAAACAGUGAGAGGCAAAAUACUUGGCAUGAUCCUCGAAUCGCUUCCCUUUUCAUUGAGGAAGCUCAACUUGUUGGUAUUGAACCUCCCAAAGCUGAUUUGAUUCGCUUAUUGGUUCAGGGAGAAUCCAAAAACACCGUCAUCUCAGUAGUAGGCAUGGGAGGAUUAGGCAAGACCACUCUUGCCAAGAAGGUUUAUGACUCUGAGAUAGCUUCAUCACACUUUGAUUGUAAAGCUUGGAUCACGGUAUCUCAAUCCUACAAGAUGGAGGAGCUACUGAGGAACAUGAUAAAGGAAUUGCAACGAGAAAAAGCACAGCCUGCAUUCGACGGAAUAGAGAAUAUGAACGAGUUGUCGCUGAUCAAGAAACUGAGAGAGCAUUUAUCAGAGAAGAGGUAUAUAGUUGUUCUUGAUGAUGUCUGGAGAAUUGAUUUCUGGGGAUAUGUAAGGAAUGCUUUUCCUGAUAAUGACAAAGGCAGUAGAAUCAUUAUCACGACUCCAAAUGAAGAUGUUGCCCCUUCUUCUAAAGAGUCUUCAAUUUAUUAUGUCUACAAACUUCAGUCUUUGCCUCACGACAAAGCGUUUGAGCUGUUUUGCAAGAAGGCAUUCCAAUCAAAAGAGAGAAAUUGCCCAUCGGAGUUGCUAGAGUUGUCACAUGCCAUUGUUGAAAAAUGUGAAGGAUUGCCCUGAGCCAUUGUGACAAUAGGUGGUUUAUUAGCAACUAAAGACAAGACUAUAUCAGAAUGGCAAAGGUUUUGCAGUGGCCUUGGUUCAACAUUAGCAAGUGAUCAGCGGCUCUCAAGUAUUGCAAAAAUUUUAUCCCUAAGCUAUCAUGAUCUGCCUUACCAUCUUAAAUCUUGUUUUUUGCAUUUGAUUCCAGAGGAUUCCUCUGUUAAUUGUGGGAGAUUGAUUCGAUUGUGGAUAGCUGAGGGCUUCAUAAAAGAAAGGCAAGGCAUAACAUUUGAAGAGAUUGCAGAGGAAUACUUAAUCGACCUCUUUCACAGAAGCUUGGUUCAAGUGGCCAGGCUUAGUAUUGAUGGUAAGGCUAAAGAAUGCAAGGUCCAUGAUUUGGUAAGGGAGGUUAUUCUUUCUCGAUCAAAAGAAUUAAGCUUCCAUCAAGUCUCAUUGGAAAAUUAUGGGAGUAUGAAAGGAAGAUGCCGGCACCUCUCAAUUUAUGAUGAAGCAACAAAUAUUCCAGAAAGUAGCAGCAAUUUUCAAACCCAUUCUAUUAUUGUUUUAGGAGUAGAUGAAUUGCCAAAAUCUUUGAUUAGUUCAUUCAUUACAAAUCUCAAGCUUUUGAGAGCUCUAGAUUUUGAAGGAGCACCUUUGGAUCACAUUCCUAGAGAAUUGGGAAGUUUAUGGCAUUUGAGAUAUUUAAGUCUAAGAAAGACAAAGGUGAAGAUGCUGCCAACGUCCAUUGGUAAGCUGUACAACCUAGAGACUUUGGAGUUGAGAUAUUCCCUUGUGUAUGAUCUGCCUGUUGAGAUCAAUGGGCUGCUUAAAUUGCGACAUCUUCUAGCCUUUUCUUUUAAUUACGAUGAUGAGUGGAAUCUUAAUAUUUAUCGUGGGGUGAAGAUGCACGGCAAUAUUGUGUGUCUAAAGGCCUUACAACAGCUCAAAUUCAUUGAAGUAGAUGAUGGCAUGGGCUUGAUAAGCCAAGUGGAAAGGUUGACGCAGUUGUGAUCAUUAGGGAUCAAAAAAUUGAAAAGAGAAAAGGGCAAGGCAUUGUGCUGUGCAUUGGAAAAGAUGACUUGCCUUCAAGCCCUGGAUGUUUCUUCAAUAGAAGAGGAGGAAUUUCUGGAUCUGGAUUCAAUGUCUAAUCCACUUCCUUUCCUUCAACGUCUCUACCUAACUGGGCCAUUAGUGCAGCUACCACAUUGGAUUUCCAAACAAACGAGUUUGGUUAAAAUCAUUUUAAAUUGGUCCAGAUUAGGAGAUGGUGCAAUACAGGUCCUCCAAUCUUUACCUAGUCUACUACUAUUGGAGUUUUAUGAGGGAUACAAUGGAGACCAAUUGCAUUUUACGAGAGGUUGCUUUCAAAAACUCAAGGUGCUGCAUCUACGUUCCAUGACUCCAUUGAAUGUGCUCAUAAUAGACCAAGGAUCACUUACUCUUCUUGAAGAGCUAAUUAUUGGGCCUUGCCCGAAUUUGAAGGAGAUGCCCUCUGGCAUCCAUUUUCUAAGAAAUCUCAAAAGUCUGAAAUUCUUUGACUUAAAGAGAGAAUUUGCAAUUGGAAUGCUACCAGAUGGAGGUCUAGACUAUUGGCAAGUUGAGCAUGUACCAACUGUCCUUUUCUGUUAUAAGAUUAAAGGAAUAUAUUAUGACUACUGCAAGCUUGGUGAUUCAGACUUGGUGAAGCACUUGAAGGGAGACUUGGAAUCAUUUGCUAAGUGAAGUUCUUACAGCUCCAUUAACAGUA